AUGCCCGAUCUCCGAUCUCCUGCGCAUCCUCAGCCACGAAUCUCGUUCCGAUGGUGUGCAGCGCUCGGUCCAGCCGAGAUUCCGUGCACGGAUCUUCCUGCUCCAGGCUACAUCCAUCUCAUUCGCGAUGGGGAAUGUGUAACUUCCACGGAAAAGGGGUCCAAACGGCACCGACUCGGCUCAUCAAUUGACGGCAAAAGUCCCGACCCAGACGAUCGGCGAAUCUUGAGCUUAUCCAAGCUCACGGUAACGCCGUCGUGUCACCGGCCUUGCCAGGCGCCGAACUGGAAUCGAGAUCCCUGCUGGAUUAGGUGCCUUUGUCACACCAUUACGUCCCAUCGACCGGGGUCAUUGGGUGUUAAUAUUCUUUCCUCCACGAACCUCCGCGGUGCAGCUGCAGACCCUCAGAGCUCUGGUGGGCUGAAGCCACUCGCUUCCCUCGCUUAA